AUGGAAUCAGUGACGAAUUUCCUGUGGAGUGAAGCCUCCAAAAGUGAUUUAUUGCAAGAUGUUCUUGGAGCAGAUGAUACAUAUGUUAAGGAUCCCAAUAAACCAUCGUCUGGAGGAGGGGUUAGUACAGGAGGGAUCAAGUCGAGAGAUGAUUCAGGGAUUGAUUUAAAUGGAGUUGGUAGUCUUUCAAAUGCUGGUCUUCAAAAGAUGAUGACAGACGCCUUGGUUGAGAAAUUAAUGAAAAUGGCAUUACCACCAGCAACAGAAAUGGGUAGUACGAUAUUAGAACAAAGAAUUGAGUUUAGUAAAGACAGGCCAAGGUUAUCGGUGCCUGUUAUGAGUAGGAAUUUUAUUUUAAGCAAUGCGAGAUUUGGUUUACCGUUUACUAUGGUUGAUGAAGUUAUCUAUAUUUUCAGUUGGUUAAACCCUGCUUAUACUUUAUCCAUUCUAAUAAUAUAUUCAUUUAUUAUUUUAAAACCAUUGCCAAGUUUAUUAUCUAUUCCAAUAUUUUAUAUUUUAUUUGGUGUAAUGGUUCCUCAGUAUCUAUAUAUUCAUAAACCUGAGACAUUACCAUAUUUUGAUUCAAAUCCUACUCCUGCUCAGGGCCCUCCACUUAGGAAACCUGCUGUGCCUGAACCAGCGUCAGAGUUAAGUCAAGAAUUUGUAUUGAAUUUAACUGAUUUACAAAAUCAUAUGUUGAUAUAUGUUAGAGUUUAUGAUUUUUUUGCAAAAAUAUUGGGUAGUUUUGCAUUUUUCACUGAUGAAGCUGUUUCCGCUAUGGCAUUCCUAAUAUUAUUGUCAUUUGCAUUGAUGAAUUGUUUAUUCAUAGAUACAUUUGUUAACUAUAUCCCUUAUAAACAUAUUCUAUUGUUUUUAGGAUGGGCUGUAAUGUUCUCUUUCCAUCCAAUUAAUAGAGAUAGAUUUUUGGGGAUUUUGAAUUCAGAGGAAACAAGAUUACGAGUAUUGACUGUAACGAACAAAUUAGAAGAAUUGAUGAAUAAUGAACUGAAAACGGUGGAAGCAAGUGAAAGAAAAUUAGUAGCCGUUUAUGAAAUACAAAAGUUGGGUGAGAAAUCAGAAUGGGUUCCAAUUGGUUUCUCUAAUGACAGCUAUACUUUAUUCUCAACUUUGAGAAUUAAUGAACAAAAAAUUGAACGUAGAUGUGCUUCUCAUCUAGAAGAAGUUAUGCCACCCAUUGAUUGGGAAUGGGUUAACAACAGCAAAUGGGUACUUGAUUUGGAGCCUACAGAAUGGGUUGAAAGAAAUUUUGUACAAUUUGUUGAGAUCGAUUCUGAAACGAAAUGGGUUUACGAUGUAAAUAUCGAUGGUAAUAGAGGCUCAUAUAGAAGACGGAUGUGGACAAAUUUAUGUACCAGGAAAAAGGAAGAUGCUGUGAAUAAAGACAAUAACGAAUUCGAAGUUGAAGAGGUUGUUAACCCUCUUCGAGAUGAUAAUUAUAGUCAUGAUUUAAGAGGUGUAAGUAAAAAAUCAUUUACUGGGUUAUCAAAUCAAUUAUUUGGAAAGGCUAAUUCUUCUCAUAAUAAAUUUGACUCAAUCUCAAGCAAUGAAGGUAGUGAUGCUGGCAAAGUACCAGGAACAGAAAAUGUGCGUGGUGAUUCAAAUACAUCCACUAUUGGCAGUUCAAAAGCCAUGAGUUCUUUAAACGAAAUUUUAUCUGCAACGCUUUAA